AUGACUCUCGCAACUUCCUCUCAGCGCUCCCAAAUCAUUCGCUCCAAGUUCAGAUCUGUCCUCCAGCUUCGGAUCCACAGACGGUAUCAGGACCCAAUCUUGGAUCCAGAUCCGUGGGUCUCAGCCACAGACCCUGCUCUGGCUCCCAGAGCCUCGGCCCCAGUCUCGCCCUUGGGCCCCACCCCUUUCCUCUUCAGCCCUGGGGACCUGCUCCAUGAAUCAGAAUACCACCCUUGGAGCUCUCUGAAGGACUCUCCCAAGAUCUCCCAACAUUGGAGAGAGCCCAAGCCCAAGGGGAACUUGACCUACCACCAGUACAUGCCCCCAGGGUGGAGACAAGGGUCCAGGAUAGACUCCCAGGCCAAAGGGUUGGCCUUGGGUCCCCCUGGACCACCUCUGUGGGAAGGGACAAACUCACAGCAGCCACCUCCCAGGAUGAAGCCCACUGCCCUCACUUCCUCCCCACCUGGAGUCCCCAGCCCCUCGCCCCCUCCACACAAGCUGGAACUUCAGACCCUUAAGCUGGAGGAGCUGACGGUCUCAGAGCUCCGGCAGCAGCUGCGCCUGCGGGGCCUCCCGGUGUCGGGGACUAAGUCGAUGCUCCUGGAGCGCAUGCGCGGCGGCGCCCUGCCCCGCGAGCGGCCGAAGCCGCGGCGCGACGACGGUCCGGCGGGUGCUCCCUGGCCGCGCCUCAGGCCCAAGGCUCUGGGAGCCGUCCGGCGGCUGGGCUCGCUCAAGCCGAGCCCAAACUCUCACCCUCCGCCUCCGGCAAGUGCCUCGGACACCCCUGCUACUGCUGCGGUUCCGACCCCGGCUCCCGCUCCGGGUGCGGCUCCAGCACCGACUCCUUCCUCAGCAGCCCCCACAGCGGCCCUGACUGUGGAGGAGGAACUGCAGGAAGCCAUCCGCAGGGCGCAGUUGCUUCCGAACCGGGGCAUUGAUGACAUCCUGGAGGAUCAGGUGGAGCCUGAGGACCCGCUGCCCCUCAUCCCCCUGGACUUCCCCGGCUCCUUCGACGUGCUGUCCCCCUCCCCGGACUCUGAAGGCCUCUCCUCUGUCUUCUCUUCCUCGCUACCGUCCCCCACAAACUCCCCGUCCCCCUCUCCCAGGGGCCCCACAGACUCCUUGGACUGGCUGGAGGCUCUGAGUGGAGGUCCCCUGCUAGGCUGUGGUCCCCCAGCCCCCAGCAUCUUCUCUGCUGACUUAUCUGACUCCAGUGGAACCCGGCUGUGGGACCUGCUGGAGGAUCCAUGGUGA